GCCCCUCCACGCCGUCGCCGCUGGGAGAUCCCGGAGACCUCGAUGUCCAUAGGACCCUGCCCGGAGCCGGCGCCGUGAGGAUGUCGACGCCGGAGCCGCCGCUGGGCGGCACGCCGCGGCCCGGCCCCUCGCCAGGCCCCGGCCCCUCGCCCGGGGCCAUGCUGGGGCCCAGCCCUGGCCCGUCGCCCGGCUCCGCACACAGCAUGAUGGGCCCCAGCCCCGGGCCGCCCUCGGCCGGGCACCCGCUGCCGCCCCAGCCGCCCGGCGCCUACGCUCAGGACAACAUGCACCAGAUGCACAAGCCCAUGGACUCCAUGCACGAGAAGGGCCUCGCCGACGAUCCCCGCUACGGCCAGAUGAAAGGAAUGGGAAUGCGGCCCGGCGGGCACGCGGGAAUGGGCCCUCCUCCGAGCCCCAUGGAUCAGCACUCGCAAGGGUACCCCUCUCCGCUCGGCGGCUCCGAGCACGCGUCGAGCCCGGUCCCGGCCAACGGCCCGUCCUCCGGCCCGCCGCUCUCCUCGGCUCCCGGCGGCGUCCCGCUCGACGGCGCCGACCCGCAGGCGCUGGGGCAGCAGAACCGCGGGCCCACGCCCUUCAACCAGAACCAGCUGCACCAGCUCCGAGCUCAGAUCAUGGCCUACAAGAUGCUGGCCCGYGGCCAGCCGCUCCCCGACCACCUCCAGAUGGCCGUGCAGGGCAAGAGGCCCAUGCCUGGGAUGCAGCAGCAGAUGCCGACGCUACCUCCGCCCUCCGUGUCCGGGACAGGACCGGUGCAAGGACCAGUGCAAGGGCCUGGCCCAGGACCAACACCUCCCAACUAUAACAGACCUCACGGUAUAGGAGGGCCUAACAUGCCCCCUCCCGGCCCCUCAGGAGUUCCCCCGGGAAUGCCUGGGCAGCCCCCCGGCGGCCCCCCCAAGCCCUGGCCUGAAGGACCAAUGGCGAAUGCUGCAGCCCCCACGAGCACACCUCAGAAACUGAUCCCUCCGCAGCCGACGGGCCGGCCGUCGCCGGCGCCGCCGGCCGUGCCGCCCGCCGCCUCGCCCGUGAUGCCGCCGCAGACGCAGUCGCCGGGGCAGCCGGCCCAGCCGGCCCCCAUGGUGCAGCUGCACCAGAAGCAGAACCGCAUCACGCCCAUCCAGAAGCCGAGGGGGCUCGACCCGGUGGAAAUCCUGCAGGAGCGGGAGUACAGACUGCAAGCGCGUAUUGCUCACCGAAUCCAAGAGCUCGAGAACCUUCCUGGGUCCCUGGCUGGUGACCUGAGAACCAAAGCUACCAUUGAACUUAAAGCACUGAGACUGCUCAACUUCCAGAGACAGCUGCGUCAGGAAGUCGUGGUGUGCAUGAGGAGGGACACGGCCUUGGAAACGGCCCUCAACGCCAAGGCCUACAAGCGCAGCAAGCGGCAGUCCYUGCGCGAGGCUCGCAUCACCGAGAAGCUGGAGAAGCAGCAGAAGAUUGAGCAGGAGCGGAAGCGCAGGCAAAAGCACCAGGAAUACCUCAACAGCAUUCUGCAGCAUGCUAAGGAUUUCAAGGAAUACCACCGGUCCGUCACGGGCAAAAUCCAGAAGCUCACCAAGGCGGUGGCCACGUACCACGCCAACACGGAGCGCGAGCAGAAGAAGGAGAAUGAGAGGAUCGAGAAGGAGCGAAUGCGUCGCUUGAUGGCUGAGGAUGAGGAAGGAUACCGCAAGCUGAUUGAUCAGAAGAAGGACAAGCGCCUGGCCUACCUGCUGCAGCAGACGGACGAGUACGUAGCGAACCUGACCGAGCUCGUGCGGCAGCACAAGGCUGCGCAGGUGGCCAAGGAGAAGAAGAAGAAGAAGAAAAAGAAGAAGGCAGAGAAUGCAGAAGGGCAGACUCCUGCGAUCGGACCAGAUGGCGAACCUCUGGAUGAGACGAGCCAGAUGAGCGACCUCCCCGUGAAGGUGAUCCACGUGGAAAGCGGCAAGAUCCUCACCGGCACGGACGCGCCCAAGGCCGGACAGCUGGAAGCCUGGCUGGAGAUGAACCCAGGAUAUGAAGUGGCGCCAAGAUCUGACAGUGAAGAAAGUGGGUCAGAGGAAGAGGAGGAGGAGGAGGAAGAGGAACAGCCCCAACCUGCUCAGCCUGCCCUGCCUGUGGAGGAGAAGAAAAAGAUCCCGGAUCCAGACAGUGACGAUGUGUCAGAAGUGGAUGCCAGGCACAUUAUUGAAAACGCGAAGCAAGAUGUCGACGACGAAUACGGAGUCUCCCAAGCUCUGGCCAGGGGCCUGCAGUCCUAUUACGCCGUGGCGCACGCGGUCACCGAGCGAGUGGACAAGCAGUCCACUCUCAUGGUCAACGGCGUCCUCAAGCAGUACCAGAUCAAAGGUUUGGAGUGGCUUGUGUCCUUGUACAAUAACAACCUGAAUGGUAUCCUGGCAGAUGAAAUGGGUCUGGGCAAAACAAUCCAGACCAUCGCUUUAAUUACAUACCUCAUGGAGCACAAACGGAUCAACGGACCCUUCCUCAUUAUAGUACCUCUCUCAACUCUGUCAAAUUGGGCAUACGAGUUUGAUAAAUGGGCUCCUUCUGUGGUGAAGGUCUCAUACAAGGGCUCUCCAGCAGCAAGACGAGCGUUCGUACCUCAGCUUCGAAGUGGAAAAUUCAACGUCUUGCUCACUACUUACGAAUAUAUCAUCAAAGAUAAGCACAUUCUUGCUAAGAUCCGCUGGAAGUACAUGAUUGUGGACGAGGGGCACAGGAUGAAGAACCACCACUGCAAGCUCACGCAGGUCCUCAACACGCACUACGUGGCGCCCCGCCGGCUGCUGCUCACGGGGACCCCGCUGCAGAACAAGCUGCCYGAGCUGUGGGCUCUGCUCAACUUCCUCCUGCCGACCAUCUUCAAGAGCUGCAGCACGUUUGAGCAGUGGUUUAAUGCUCCCUUUGCCAUGACAGGAGAGAAGGUGGAUCUGAACGAAGAAGAAACAAUUCUGAUAAUCCGACGUUUACACAAGGUGCUCCGGCCCUUCCUGCUCAGGAGGCUAAAGAAGGAAGUCGAAGCGCAGCUACCCGAGAAGGUGGAGUACGUGAUCAAGUGCGACAUGUCGGCCUUGCAGAGGGUGCUCUACAGGCACAUGCAGGCCAAGGGAGUGCUCCUCACCGAUGGCUCCGAGAAGGAUAAAAAGGGCAAAGGCGGUACAAAAACCUUGAUGAAUACCAUCAUGCAGCUGAGGAAGAUCUGCAACCAUCCGUACAUGUUCCAGCACAUAGAGGAAUCCUUUUCGGAGCACUUAGGUUUCACUGGUGGUAUUGUGCAGGGGCUGGAUCUGUACCGAGCCUCGGGGAAGUUUGAGCUCCUGGACAGAAUUCUCCCCAAGCUGCGAGCCACCAACCACAAGGUGCUGCUCUUCUGUCAGAUGACCUCCCUCAUGACCAUCAUGGAGGAUUAUUUUGCCUACCGCGGCUUCAAAUACCUCAGGCUGGACGGAACGACUAAAGCCGAAGACCGGGGCAUGUUGCUAAAGACUUUCAAUGAGCCCGGCUCCGAGUACUUCAUUUUCCUGCUGAGCACCCGCGCGGGCGGGCUGGGGCUCAACCUGCAGUCUGCAGACACUGUGAUCAUCUUCGACAGUGACUGGAACCCCCACCAGGACCUGCAGGCGCAAGACCGCGCGCACCGCAUCGGGCAGCAGAACGAGGUGCGCGUGCUGCGCCUCUGCACCGUCAACAGCGUGGAGGAGAAGAUCCUCGCCGCCGCCAAGUACAAGCUCAACGUGGACCAGAAGGUCAUCCAGGCCGGCAUGUUUGACCAGAAGUCGUCGAGCCACGAGCGCCGAGCGUUCCUGCAGGCCAUCCUGGAGCACGAGGAGCAGGACGAGACCAGAUACAGCGCGGGCAGCGGCAGUGGCAGUGCAAGCUUCCCCCACACUGCCUCCACCCUGUGCCUGAACGCUGAGUUGGAGGAACCACCUCUAAAGGUGAGAGGGGAAGAAGAUGAGGUUCCCGACGAUGAAACGGUCAACCAGAUGAUCGCGCGCCACGAAGAGGAGUUUGACCUUUUCAUGGUGAGCAUGGCACAGGCGGCGGAGGAGAAGCGAGGCCUGCCGUUCUCCGGGGUAGCGGCUAAAACGGUCUUUCUAACAGAACCCAACUGA